CUUUUUUUUUGUUGAUCUAUUUAUCAUGACAGAAACUGUUUUUAAAAAACUAUUAUCUAUUUUAAAGAGAAAUAAAAUGCGUUGUCAAGACAACAAUCGACAAGAUCAUCCAGUCAUGGUUGAUUCUGCAUUCAGUAGUUCUUCUUGUUACAAUAACUCAUCUUCUUGGGAUGAUGAUUUGGAAGAGAUUCAUCAACAUGGUGAACAGCUUGUCAUCAGCUGGUAUCAAUCUUUAGAGCAAUUGGCUUUGAUGUUGGACAAAGUGACAUCACCAUUCCAAACCACCAAUCGAUCCUCAUUACAUCAAACACAACAAUUCAUCGAAUCAUACCUCAAUAACUGGAAAUUUCAACGAUAUACAAUGGAUACUUUCGAUCAAAAGUUACAAAUGGUGGAUGACCAGUUUUCUGAUCAUACUGAAUUGAAGAAAUGUGUUUUAUAUCUUUAUGAACUUGAAAAGAAGCUUUAUAUAUAUCAACAAACUAUGGAUACACAACUGACUCUUUUAUGGAACACAAGACAGAAGGAUCAAGAUAUGGAUGUUUGGAAGAAAUAUUUACAACACAGUCAAUUUUCUACAAAUCAAAUGGAAAACAAAUUAAAGACUUUAUUAGAAAACUCGACGCCAAAUCCAGAUGAAUAUACAUGUGCAGUGUGUUUGUCCAUUUUUACUGACCCUGUUACGAUUCCUUGUUUGCAUACCUUUUGUAAAAAUUGUCUUCAACAUAUCUAUUGUACCUGUCGACGUUCAUAUUGUACUUCUCCUUGUCAUGAUGCCACCAAAAGACCAACCAACAUAGAUGAUGACUCCGAUAAAUCUCGUUUUGAUAGUCGAAGAAAGUAUUCCCGUGGUCUAUCUUCUUAUAAACCUCGUUAUCGAAGUAUGAUUUCACCAAAAGCAACAAAAAAUGCAUCAAGGCGUCGACAAUCCGUCAAUGCAGAAGAAAACAAUACCACUUUUUCAUCCACGAAUUAUCAAGAUCCAGUGCUGUUUCAAUGUGAUUGUCCUUUGUCAUGGUCUGUGCCCCCAGCUGCUCAGUGUCCCCUAUGCCGUUAUCCCUUUGCUCCAGAAGAUAUUACUUUGGCCACUGCACUCGACAAUUUCAUCCGAUUUUAUUUUCCACGUCAAGAUCGAGUACGCCAACGCUACCAUGCACGCCAACGCCAACUGAAACGACGUUCCUUUUUGAACACCUUGUCUCAAAAGCUCGUACCAUCCACACUUCCUUCUGUGCCUUUGCCUCCUCGUCGCCUACCACCACACCAAUCUCAUCAUAAUCAUUACAGUAAUCAUCACGUCGACGCGAAUUAUCAACAACUACAACAAUUAUUAAACCAAGACUCCCCUACAAGUUUCCGACUCAGUACUCAUCUGCUGAAUUUAGCCCAUCGAACCAUUCUUGUUUAAGACCAUCUUUAAUAGAUCAUCCCUACUUUAAUUGUCC